CCGUAAAUGAUAAAGUGGCACUAGUGGAAGAGUAUAAAAGCCACUAGACUACCCCUCUUCUUCAUGUUUCACUUCUCCCCUCUACUAUUCUCUCUCACCAACUUUUCUUAAACAAUUCAAUUCAAAAUGGGCUGGUUCAGUGACGACUCCGAUCAGGCUCAGGCCUACAACACCUACAACGGCCAGCAGGAGCACGAUCCCUCCGUGAUCCACGAGCUGAUUGCCGGUGCCGCCAGCUACGAGGCAGCCAAGGCCUACGAAAACCACGUCGCUCAGAACGGCGAGCCUGAGAGCCACGCCAAGGCCAAGGAGAUCCUCGCUGGAUUCGCCGGUGCCUUUGUCGACCGUGAGGUCGAGACCAGGGGAUUGGACUUCUUCGACAAGGAGAAGGCCAAGUACCAGGCUCGUGAGCAGGUUCACGAGGCGUAUGACAACAACGGAAACCAGUUCUAGAUAGUCUCCUG